AUGAAUUUAUCCGCUAAGUCAUUUGAAGAUAUUUUUAAUAGUGGCAUUUGGGAAGGCCAGCAACAGUUUGCCGAUGGAACCUUGCAAACAUUUGACGGUGCAACUUUUAAAAUACACAGGGUAAUUUUAUCUCUUCGCAGUGGAUUUUUCCGUGCUUUAUUUAGCUUUAACUUAAACCAGGAAACGAUAAGCAUACCAAAUAUAGACAGCAGAACUCUCGAAUCUAUUCUGCUGUAUAUAUACACAAGUGCCAUAACUUUGGAUGAAAAGAAUGUCUGGGAUUUGAUGAUUGCUUCCGAUUAUCUACUACUGGAUGACUUGUUGAAAAAUUGUCAGUCAUUUGCCAUUCAAAACAUGACAAGUAAGAACUGUUUGUCCUCGCUUUCCAUCGCUUGGUAUAACGAUAGAUUGGGUAUUUCAGGGGACUUCUACAGGUAUGCCCUUGUUCACUUCGAAGAUAUUUUGAAAGCAGAAGAUGGUGGAUUUGAAGCACUUCCUUUUGAGAUUCUGAAAAAAUUGCUAAAAAGCAACAACUUGAAUGCUAUUUCUGAAAAAUCUGUCUGGAAAGUUAUUGUUUCAUGGAUUGAAGCAAACAGUUUCUCAAGAUUGCCUCAUGUACCUGCACUUUUAUCAUGCCUUAAAUUGGAAGAAGAAGUAGACGAAGGAUUGGCAGCUGAAAUUCUUUCUCAUGCUAUAGUUACUAACAAUCCGCAUUGCUUUGAUUUAAUGUUGAGUAAACAAUUCAAUUACUAUCUAUCGAGUUGUAAGUUAUUAUCAGAACAUGCAAGAUCUGAACCAAUAAGCUGUCAGAACUCGCCAAAUUCAUAUGCUCCUCGCAUGCCGAAACGUCUGUAUAUUAUAGCCAGACACACGUUAACAUCUACAAAAUGCGGCAGUGAAUUAUUUCUAACAUACGAUAAUGAGCUAGAUUUUGGACGACAAAUUGGCGAAACAGAUUUUUUUAUCGAUACUAUUGUUCAAAUUGGACAGUUCAUCUACAUGUUCAAUGAAUGGACUAAAAUAAAUCUUCUUUUUGACAUUGCAGAGGAGGCAUGGCUGCCAGUAAGCAUUUCACGUGGAUCGCGUCAUGAUAGCUAUAUAAUUACUUUAGGAGAGCAUUUAUUUUCUGUUGGAGGCACAAAAUCUGGUGAUGGCUGGACUAAAUUUAUUUUUAGAUAUGAUUUUGUGGAAAAUCGAUGGAGACUCAUAACGAUGCCUCACCGCGUUGUUAUAUAUGGAGCAGUUCCGUUAAAAGGCAAGAUUUAUAUUGUGGGAAUGGGUGAGUUCGAACCUACACCCAUUUUGAUGUGUCAAGUGUAUGAUCCUGAGAGAAAUGAGUGGAAUUUGUUCCCUCCACCUAAUAUAUGCCGUCAAGAAUUUUCUACCGUGGUCUUUCAUGAACAGGUAUUCUUAAUAGCUGGAGAAAAAGAUGGACAUUACCUAAAAACCGUAGAAGUGUAUGAUCCAUUACAGAAUACUUGGAUGUGUCUUCCAGAUCUACCUUUUUCAUAUUUUUAUCCCAAAGCAGUCACUGUAGAUGACAAAAUCAUUGUUUACGAGAAUAUUAAUGAUGACACACGAUUCUACAAAGUUUCUCCUCCUGUUUAUUGGGAUGAGAACACUCGGCUGUGGAUAAUAAUCACUGAAUCAUCACCUUUAUUCUGCAUUGAGCGUUAUACAUUCCUUGUCUUGGAUGAUUGCCGACUUGUAAAGGACCUAACUGCUAAAAACAGACGCCCAGGCAUUAAGUGGGAUCGCAUCUUUCCACUUUAA